UUCUACAGUUUUCUCAACAUCCCAACAAGUUAAUUUGUCGACAAUCAAGAGAAAAGAAAAUGACAAGCCAAAUGUUGUAUAUUGCAUUGACCUUGAUGCUGGUCUGUGUAUUCACAGUCAGUGCCCAAGAGGAGGAACCCUCAGAACCGUUUGAGGAGGACAAACGCGCGGCAGAACCCAAUGUUUGGUUCGAUCCAGCUGGUUGCGGAAAGCAAUAUCCAAAGGCUCCAUUUAGAUGUGCAGGGGGUUAUCGAUGUGUCGGAUCAUGGACGCUCUGUAAUGGUCUCAUAGCCUGCGGUGACGGGAGCGAUGAAUGGGGUUGUCAAUGAUGCACGAGAAACAAACAAACUAAAUUGUAAUCAAUGAGCAUAUUCCUAAUGCAAUAAAUUAAACAUUUGGAGAAAUGCA